UCUCCUCCCUCCAAAACACACCAACCCCCAAGCCCAGAUUCAUCCACCAAAAAAUCGUGGAGAAGAAGAAUCGACUUCGUUACCCUUAUCUCCGUCUUCCCACCUUCAUCUCCUCUUCUAUUGGGUGGAACCGUUGGAGAAGAAACGGGAGGAAGGGAUUUCCGUAUUUUGAUUCGACGGAGAGGAAGAUGGGAUCUCGGAAAUCCAAAGGCAAUGGCGGUUAUCGAUUCAGAUUCAAGCUCUGACUCUGCCAUAGCUAGAUUCAAUUCCGGCGACAUUCCAGCUCUGGACAUGGGCUAUUCGAUUUGGGGGUUCUAAGACGUCGCUUCCGUGCACUGCGUCUCACAUAUGGACGAUAGAUAGAUGAGAGGAGAAGGAAGGGUUUUGUUUUUCUUUUUUU